AUGGCCACCGCAUUUCCCGCAAGCAGCCACACUCGAUCGCGGCUCGUCGUCGUGCUCGUCGCCCUAUGCGCGUCGUUCCUCCUCCUCCCCCUCUUCUCCUCCCGGACGCUCUCCGACCGCGGUUCGACACCCCCGUUCGCCACGUCAUCAUCUGACCCAGCAGCUACACUUCAAUCGAACCUCAGCCAACUAAUCGACUCGCAGCAGCUGAUUGGCUCGUUGAAAAGGGCGGAAAGUGAAAAAGGGACGGAAAAGGCGAGGGAAGAGCGCACAGGGGGACGCUUCCGCCAAUUCCACGGAGGGGGAAACAGCUUCCCCGUUAGGCGCAUCCGCGGAGGAACCGGGAGGGAGCUGGUGCAAGGGGGAACGGAACUGCUUCCCUCCACCCCGCCAGUCCCCCGCGCGCCGCAUCUGGUGGAUUGCGCGGAGCGCGCGAGGCAGCACCGCAAGGAGUGGUGGGCGGCGCGGCCGGCGGACGGAUCGCUUCCGCCGUGGGCUGUGGUGUGGCGGGCGCGCGAGCAUGCGUCGCGAGACCCGCGCGCCUACGAGAUGCUUCCGCGGAGGGAGAGAGCGGGGGACAGGGAAGAGGAGGAGAACGGGGAAAAGGAAGAGGGGGAGGGCGGGGAGGAUGAUGAAGUGGAGAGGGGGAGGGAAGUGAGGGAGAAGGCGCAUGGUGGGGGUACAGGUGCUCAUGCAGUAACUGCUGCUGCUAGUGGUGGUGGCGCUGCUGCUGCUGCUGCUGCUGCUGCUGCUGCUGCUGAGACUGCUGAGGCUGCUGAAACCUCUUCCCAGCAAUUUUCUCUGAGCACGGAUGCUGACAUCAUAGCGGAGGGGCCGUUUCCGCCAUGGGUGGAGGGCGAGGAGGGCGGGGAGGGCGGGGAGGGCGCCAACCUGCCGCUGACUCGCCUCGUGCAGACCCACCUGUGGCGCCUCCAGUUCCCCGCCAACUGCUCCCUCCCCCAUGUGCGGUUCAUGUACGCAGCGUUUGAGCGCCGGCGGCGAGACGGCUUUGAAAAGCAGCUGGCAUACAUGGCGGCAGCACUGGGGCAGGCGGUGCAGCAGGGGCGAGUGCUGGUGGCGCGCACUUACGAUCGCGCCCAGCACGCAGGGUGUGAAGGGGAGGCGAACGCGCAGUGGCACUGCUACUUCCUCCCUGAGACGUCUGAUGAGUGCCGCAGGCGGGUGAAAGCCCUGUCAGAGCUGCCUGCCAGCUAUACCGGCCCAGACCCCCUUAUAGUCACGGGGCGUAGAGUCACAGAGGCGCCGCUGGAGGAGUGGGGUGAGGGUGAGGGGGACGAGGGUGACGCUGACGUGGCAGCUAUGGAUAACCCAGCCAAUCAGAGUCCAGCUGAGGACAGCUCGACCAAUGAGGGCUCAGAAGAGGCGAAACCAGGCAGGCCCAGGUCAGCAGCAGAGUAUUUUCGACUGGAGGUCCCGAGGGCGUGGGGGGAGCCUUGGCGGGAUAUGGUGGGGCGGGUAGGGGAGCCAUGGGGUGUUGGGGGAGUAGGAGCGGGAGAAGAGGCUGUGGGGGGGAGAGGAGGAGGGGUAAGGGUUGAGGAGCAUGGGAGUGGGGGGGGCAGAGGAAGAGACGGUGGGGCGAAUGGAAGCCAACUGGAUCCAAAGCAGCUGAAUCGGCUGAAGCACCUGUGGCUGAAGCACCUGUGGUGGCGGGCCCAGGCGCUGCGCUUCCUGCUGCGCGCACCCUCCCCCUAUCUCUGCCACGUCAGCAACGUCAUCCGGCAUGCUGAGUUCGGGCCAAUGGCGGCACGGCUGGCCGCGCUGGGGGAAGCUGCUGUGGCUCAGGCUGACGUGGCAGAAACGGACACAAGCCAGCAGCAGCAGCAGCAGCAGCAGCAGCAGCAGCAGCAGCAGCAGCAGCAGCAGCAGCAGCGUCAGCAGCAGGGGCGGCAGCGAAGACUGGCAGUGCUGGCGGGUGGAGAUGGGACUCCCAGAACUGGCCGCCACAGCACCUCCGGCAGCAAAAGCAUCGCCCGCACCUCUUCUGCUACCGAUGCCACCACCCCUGCUUCCACUCACAGUGCUUCUUCCACUCCACAUGCAGAAAGCUCCUCUGCUAUCCAACUCACCCGCUCCUCUAUCCAAGACACCCCCAGCAUGGAGAAUGACCUUUGGCGGCGGCAUGGGACGGUGUGGGUGCCACGGCCGCUGGUGGGUGUGCACGUGGGGAGGGCGGGGGAAGGGGACGUGCAGGCAGGCGUGCGGAGAGCUGUGGGAGGUGAGGAGGAGGUGAGGGAGAUUGUGAAGGAGGAGGUGAGGAGGAGGGAGGGAGUGGGAGAAGGUGAGGGAGGAGGUGAGGAGGAGGUGAGGCAAAGCACUCUUCCUGAUUCAUUUCCCCCUCCGCCCAUCCACGACCUUCCUCUCCUCCCACCAGCUAUUGCAGCUAGCAGCAACCCCAGGGUGGUCAUGCCAUUGGAUCAGUUAGCAGCAAUCCCAGGGUGGACGUGGUUCUACUCGCACGCCCUGCCCCUCCACUCCCUCCUCUUCCGCAUUCACUCAUUCUCUAAUCACCUUCCCCCUCCGCCCGUCCACCGCCCCUCUACCCCCCACAGCCACUGGAGCAGCUGGCAGCAACCCCUGCUAGCAGCAACCCCAGGGUGGACGUGGUUCUACUCGCACACAUCCCGCCCCUCCUCCUCAUCUGCUGCAGUACCUGCUAAGCAGCAGCAGGCGCUGCAGGAGGUGGUGGGUGAAGCGUUCACGAACCUGCUGGUGGCCCAGCAGGCCGAUGUGUUCAUCGGGUCAACCAAGUCUCCUCGGUCUUACCUAAUCUAUGCUCUACGCUGUACUGCUGGGAAGCUUCAGAGCAGCUUCUUGGACUCCGGACUAUGA